AUGCAGGCCUACACUGAGCUUGCGGCUCCUACUGCCGUCUCCUACUCCCUGGCCCUCCCGCUAACCUCUGCCGCGGCCAGCAACCUGGUUGUCGCAAAGGGAUCCCUCCUCCAGAUCUUCGCUACCAAGACUGUCUCUGCCGAGCUCGACUCCCAGAAGGACGAAACGGCUACAUCUACCAAGGCUGAGAUUCCCUACGACCACCGCGUCAACGACGAUGAGGGCCUCGAGUCUUCGUUUCUGGGCGGCGAGUCCAUGCUUGUCAGAACCGAUCGAUCCAACAAUACGAAGCUUGUUCUUGUCGCCGAGAUCCCCCUUGCCGGAACUGUCAUUGGAAUGGCGAGACUGAAGCUCAGCAAUACGGCGUCUGGCGGUGAGGCGUUGUUGCUGGCCUACAAAGCUGCCAAACUCUGCUUGACGGAAUGGGAUCCCCAGCGCAACACUCUGGAAACAAUAUCUCUUCACUAUUAUGAAAAGGAUGACAUUCAGGCUGCUCCAUGGGAACUUCCUCUCAACGAAUAUGUCAACUACCUCGACGCUGACCCCGGAAGUCGAUGUGCCGCGUUCAAAUUCGGGUCUCGCAACCUCGCUAUUCUACCAUUCCGACAAUCUGAGGAAGACUUGGAGAUGGAUGAUUGGGACGAGGACUUGGAUGGACCUCGCCCGGUCAAAGAGUCAAACGCGGGUGCGGUUGCAAACGGGACUAGCGACAGUGUAGAACAAGCAUAUACAGCAUCAUUUGUCCUUCGCCUUCCUCUCAUUGAACCAAGUCUGCUUCAUCCGAUCCAUCUUGCCUUCCUCCAUGAGUACCGCGAACCUACCUUUGGAAUUCUGUCCUCGACCCAGCCCCCAUCUGCUGCUCUUGGUGCUAAGGACCACCUGUCAUACCAGGUCUUCACCCUGGACUUGCAACAAAAGGCGUCGACGACGAUUCUGUCUGUCACAGACCUCCCACGAGAUCUAUUCAAGGUCAUGCCCUUGCCAGCCCCAAUCGGCGGUGCCUUGUUACUUGGAGAAAAUGAGCUGAUCCAUGUCGAUCAGUCGGGCAGGACCAAUGGUGUUGCUGUGAACCCCAUCACUAAACAAAUUACAUCGUUCAACCUGGUCGAUCAAUCUGACUUAGGUCUCCGGCUAGAAGGCUGCACAGUUGAGAUUCUUUCCAUAGAUCAUGGGGAGCUUCUUCUUGUCACCAAGGAAGGCUACCUAGUCAUUAUCACAUUCAGAAUUGAUGGACGCACAGUGUCUGGACUCAGCCUAAGGCUAGUAACUGAGGAGUGUGGAGGGAAUCUCUUCAAAAGCAGGGCUACUUGCAUAUCCAAGCUCGGGAAAAACGCAUGCUUCAUUGGAAGUGAGACUGGCGAUUCCGUCGUUCUGGGUUGGACAAGAAGGCAAUCACAGGAAAAACGCAAGAGAAGCCGGAUCAUUGAUCCUGAUCUGGGCCUUGACAUUGAUGAGAUGGACAUCGAGGAUUAUGACGACGACGAUGAUCUUUACGGCAACACAUCCACAGCGGCGAAGCCCAUACAAACAGCCAACGAAGCAGGUAAGGCAGGCGAUUUGCAUUUCCGCGUAAAUGACACCCUCAUCUGCAUCGCACCAAUCAACGAUUUUACCUGCGGAAAGCCUGCGUUUGCACUGUCAAGCGAGGAGGCAACUCUGGCAAAGGGUGUCACCGCUGAUCUGGAGCUUGCAUGUGCGGUCGGAAAGGGCAGGGCAGGCUCUAUCGCAGUGAUCAAUCGCGGCGUCCAGCCCAAGAUUAUUGGCCGAUUCGAGUUCCCCGAGGCGAGGGGCUUCUGGACAGUUCGCGUGAAGAAGCCGGCCCCGACUGCGUUAACAGCGCCUGCGGGCUCUGGCCAUGAUUAUGACGCAGCUGGUCACUACGACAAGUACAUGAUCGUCGCAAAGGUGGACUUGGAUGGAUAUGAGACCUCUGAUGUUUAUGCGCUUACAGCCGCCGGCUUCGAGAGCAUCAAGGACACCGAGUUUGAACCAGCAGCCGGAUUUACGGUCGAGGCAGGCACCAUGGGGAAUGAGAAUAGAAUCAUCCAGGUUCUUAAAUCCGAGGUGAGGUGCUACGACGGAGAUCUUGGCCUAGCCCAGAUUCUGCCCAUGUUUGAUGAAGACACGAAUACAGAGCCAAGAGUACUCAGUGCAAGCAUCUCUGAUCCGUACUUAUUACUUGUGCGAGAUGACAGCAACAUAUUCCUCGCACAAAUUCAAAGGAAUAACGAACUCGAAGAAGUGGACAAGGAUGGAAGCCCUCUGAAUUCAACAAAGUGGUCUUCUGGAUGCUUGUACAAGGAUACCAAGGGCGUAUUCCAAACCUCGAAAGGCAGUGGUACCAGCGAGACCAUCAUGAUGUUCUUGCUCAGCUCAUCUGGGGCUUUACAUAUCUACGCGCUCCCCGACCUUUCGAAACCCGUCUUCGUUUCCGACGGCUUAUCGUAUCUACCUCCCUUCCUCUCAACAGAAUUCACUGUUCGGAAAGGAUCGCCUCGCGAUACAUUUACAGAGUGCCUCGUUGCAGAUCUAGGAGACUCCGUAUCACAGACACCAUACCUAAUUUUGCGAAAUUCAAGCGAUGAUAUUACAUUAUACGAGCCGCUACGAUUGUCAAACGGCGAAGAUUCCACACUAAGCACUACCUUGGUUUUCAAAAAGGCCUCUAAUCCCGUAUUGGCCAGAAAACCUGUUGAGGAAGUCAAAGAAGAAGAUGACGAAUCUGAACAGCCACGAUUUGUUCCCUUAAGACCGAGCCAAAAUGUUCAAGGAUACAGCACUGUUUUCUUGCCCGGGCCCUCGCCAAGCUUCAUCAUCAAAUCCAGCAAGAGCGUUCCUCGCGUUGUGCCGCUACAAGGCUUGGGAGUCCGUGGCAUGAGCUCCUUCCAUACAGAAGGCUGCGACAGAGGCUUCAUCUAUGCCGAUUCCGAGGGCAUUGCGAGGGUAGCCCAGCUACCUCCUAACCGCGACUUUACACAACUGGGCGUCGCCGUCCGAAAGGUUCCUCUAGGCGUUGAAGUCAAGCAAAUCGCAUACCAUCCCCCCACUGAAACCUACGUUGCCGGAUGCCUCACUGCCGAGCCAUUUGAGCUCCCUCGAGAUGACGAUUACCACAAGGAAUGGGCAAAGGAGACUUUGCCUUUCGCGCCAACGAUGGCCCGCGGUGUCCUUAAACUCAUCAACCCAAUAACCUGGACCGCUAUUAAUGAUUUCGAGCUUGAGUCGAGCGAGACUAUUGAAAGCAUGAAGACCCUCAACCUGGAAGUAUCCGAAGAGACAAAGGAAAGAAGGAUGCUUCUCGCUGUCGGAUCUGCUCUGUCAAAAGGAGAGGACCUGCCUACUAGAGGUAGGGUUCAGGUUCUCGACAUUGUGACAGUCAUUCCAGAACCCGGCCAUCCCGAGACCAACCGCAGGCUGAAGCCCGUCGCAAAGGAGGAUAUCCCUCGGGGUGGCGUCACAGCUCUCAGCGAGAUUGGAACUCAAGGUCUGAUGUUAGUAGCACAGGGCCAAAAAUGCAUGGUCCGAGGUCUCAAGGAAGAUGGCUCGCUGCUUCCAGUAGCCUUCCUGGACAUGAAUUGCCAUGUCGCAUCUGCCCGCGCUCUCCCGCGCACCGGACUAUGCCUUCUUGCCGACACAUUCAAGGGGGUUUGGUUUGCCGGUUACACGGAGGAGCCGUAUACCUUCAAGGUUCUCGGCAAGAGCGGAAGUCGAGUACCCAUCCUAACGGCCGACUUCCUUCCAGAUGGAGAGGACCUUGUGAUGGUCGCCAUUGAUGCUGAUGGUGAUAUGCACAUCCUUGAAUUUAAUCCCGAUCAUGCCAAGUCCUUCCAGGGCAGUCUUCUUCUCCACCGCACCACCUUCUCCCUCACCCCCAACCCGGCAACCAACACCCUCCUCCUCCCCCACUCCGCCGACAUCAACACUCACCUCCUCCUCCUCUCGUCCCCUUCUGGCCACCUCUCGUCCCUCAGCGCCAUAAGCGAGUCGGCCCACCGCAGACUAUACUCCCUCCAGACCCAGCUCCUCUCUAUCCUCCCGUCCUACGCGGGUCUCAACUCCAAGGCCCACCGCCUCCCUUCCACCUCCUCCAUCGCCACGAACUCGGCGGGGAGGAGCAUCGGCGUCGACACCGCGGCGGGACGCAGCGCGGCCAUCAUCGACGGCGAGGUCCUGGCGAGAUGGACCGAGCUGGGCACUGCGAAGCGGGCGGAGCUGGCUACGAAGGGUGGGUAUGAUGGCGUCCAGGAAAUGAGGGAUGAGCUGCAUAGCGUGCUCGGAUGGAGUGGAUUGUCCUAUUUUUGA